AUGAGACACAUGCUCGUGGCCGCCAGUCUGGUGGCUCUCUUGGCCUUCGCCAAUGCUGAAGAAGCCAAGACAGCAGAAAAGGAAGUGGCAGUGACCGACAACAAAGAAGUAGCAGGGGACGAAAAGAAGCAUGAAAAGAGAGGACUUUUCAACUUGGGAUAUGGAGGACACGGCGGAUACGAAGGUGGUUUCGGUAAUGAUUUUGGUGGUAGUUAUGGCGGUGGCUACGGCGGUGACUACGGUAGUCACGACUCCCACUCUAACGUUCACAAAACCAUUACUGUGGUGAAGAAGGUCCCUGUCCCAUACCCCGUAGAGAAGCACAUCCCCUACCCAGUGGAGAAGCAUGUUCCUGUACCUGUCAAGGUGCACGUUCCUCAACCUUACCCUGUUGUGAAGCACGUACCUUACCCAGUCAAAGAGAUCGUCAAAGUACCCGUACAUGUACCAGCUCCCUACCCUGUUGAAAAGAAAGUACCAUACCCCGUUCAUGUACAUGUAGACAGGCCCGUUCCCGUCAAGGUCUAUGUGCCCCAACCCUACCCUGUUGAAAAGGAGGUGCACGUUCCCGUUAAGGUUCAUGUGCCCGCUCCAUACCCAGUCGAGAAAAAGGUUCCUUACCCAGUGAAGGUGCCAGUACAUGUACCUGCUCCCUACCCAGUAUACAAGGAAGUGCACGUACCCGUCAAGGUGCCCGUCGACAGGCCUUACCCCGUACACAUUCCCAAGCCUGUACCCUACCCUGUAGAGAAACCCGUGCCUUACCCAGUUGAGAAGCCCGUCCCAUACCCCGUAAAGGUCCCAGUUGAUAGACCUUACCCCGUACAUGUUGACAAACCCGUGCCGUACCCCGUUAAAGUGCCAGUACCCGCCCCAUACCCCGUUGAGAAACACAUUCCUUACCCAGUAGAGAAGGUUGUGCCCUACCCUGUCAAGGUUCCGGUUGACAGGCCCUACCCCGUCCACAUCGAGAAACAUGUUCCCGUGCACAUCGAGAAGCCCGUGCCUUACCCAGUGAAGGUACCAUACCCCGUUGUCGUCGGUCAUGAACACGGCCACGGAUAUGGUCAUCAUGAUAGCUACUAA